CGUUUUUUCAAAAUGACAAAUAUGAAGCAACGAUUGCGCAACUUGUUUCGCCGGAACAAGAUGCGCGGCCGACCCACCACAGUGGCCAGUAAUCCGAAUAAGGAGCAGCCGGAGCCACCUAAGCCGGAGCCAAGCAAACAGAAGUCAUCUAAGAAGGAUGCCUCCAAGCAGGAGCCACCUAAACAGGAAGAGCCCGAAAAGCCACCCAAGGAAGUCGAAGUGGAGAUUAUACCCUCGCCAACGGCAGAGGGCGAAAUGCCCACCUACUUCCAUGUGGGCGCCUUGGCGAAGGAUUGUCUCAUCAAUGGCUUCAAGAUCGGCGCCUGGCAGAUGCACUGCACCACGCGAACUGAAAACGAAUUCUAUCUGAACACGUUCGGCGAGGGCUAUCCCACCAUGAAGGACGUCUUUGGCGGCUUGGAGGUGUUCAAGGAAGUGGGCAACUACAGCACGUCCCUCGGCUGGUUCACCAACAAUGAUCUUCUCUCGGAGAUCGCUGUGCGCGGCAUGAACUUUGGCAGUCGAUUGUAUGGGCUGCUCAAGUCCACAAUCGUCACAAAAGACGAAGUGAGCUUUCAAACGAAGCUGAAGUGCGGGUUGGAGCGCGAUCCCGUGAAGGUGGAACUGGUGGUGCCUCUGUACAACGAACCCCUAUUUCAGGGCUACAUCCUGGUGGCGCCUGUAGAGAAUUGGGUGCUGGGAUAUCGAACGGAGUAUAACUUUGACGAAAAGGGAUUCGAUAAGCACGCCCUGUGCCUGGGCUACAAUAAUGGGAGGACCGAAGUGGGUCUGAAACUCGAGAAUUUCGAGGACCUUCGAGGCUCGAUCUUCCAAAGGAUCGGCGAAGCCUGGGCCUUUGCCAUCAAGACGAAUCUCUACAGUUCGGAAAAUGUAAAACAGUUUGCCAUUGGGGUUCAGUACGACUUCCAAAAUGGCACCAUGGUGAAGGCCAAGCUGCGGGAGGACUCCAGAAUGGGGUUCGUCUACCAGUCAAAGAUUGGGGAGAACAUCGAUGUUGGCUAUCAUUUGGCCUUCGAUGGGGUAGAUCCCAUUGGUGGAGCCCAUAGGAUUGGAGUUUCAUGGGGUUUUCACUGUUGAAAAAAAUGUGUACUAUUGACUAUGAUUUUACUAUACAUGAUAAAUAUAAAUAAAUAAUUUGUA